UUAAUGGGAAGGAUGCGCGAAUCCUUAUCGAUACCGAGGCGCAACGUUCAUUUGUGAAUGAAGCGUUCGCCAAGAGGUUGGAGGUGCAAUCCGCACCAUUGAUGCAAAACCUUAGUGGUAUCAACACCACUAGGAGAUGACGUGGAAAGAACUUGUUAUUAUCCAUCUUGUGGGGUGGAGGUUAAUGGUCAAACCUUGACGUGUGACUUCGUACCGCUGGGCAUGAUUGAAUUCGAUGCAAUCCUAGGGAUGGAUUGGCUAGAAAGGAACCAUGCUAGGGUAGAUUGCUACACGAAGGUUCUUGAACUCGAAGGCAAUGAUGGGGAGACCCUACGCUUCGAGGGCGAUCGAGGGAGAUCAAAUAGCUGUAUCAUAUCCGCCGUGAGAGCGAGAAAUAUGAUGAGAAAGGGAUGCCACGCAUAUCUAGCAUACGUGGUUGACAAAACCAAAGAGGAAACGAACAUCGAUGAUGUGAGAGUGGUUUGUAAGUAUCCGGAUGUCUUCCCUAAAGACCUACCGGGGCUUCCCCCUGACAGAGAGAUUGAAUUUGUGAUCGAGGUCGAGCCUGGUACCAAACCAAUCUCCAUACCGCCAUACCGUAUGGCACCCGCUGAACUUAACGAGUUGAAAACCCAAUUGCAAGAGCUUUUGGAUAAUGGUUUCAUUAGACCAAGCCACUCCCCGUGGGGAGCACCAGUCCUUUUUGUGAAAAAGAAAGAUGGGACACUUCGAAUGUGUAUUGACUAUCGUCAACUGAAUAAGGUCACAAUCAAGAAUAGGUAUCCUUUGCCUAGAAUUGAUGACUUGUUUGACCAACUACGAGGGGCAACCGUGUCUUCAAAGAUUGAUUUGAGGUCGGGUUACCAUCAAUUGAAGAUUAAGGAAGACGACAUACCAAAGAGUGCUUUCCGCACAAGGUAUGGGCAUUUUGAGUUCCUUGUUAUGUCGUUUGGGUUAACAAACGCCCCAGCGUCAUUCACGGACUUGAUGAACCGAGUAUUCCAUAAAUACUUGGAUCGAUUCGUGAUUGUGUUCAUAGACGACAUUUUGAUUUACUCAAAGAGUGAGGAAGAGCAUGAAGAGCACUUGAUACUCGUUCUUGAGACACUACGGGAGAAGCAACUUUAUGCCAAAUUUUCUAAAUGUGAAUUUUGGCUAAAGGAAAUUGGCUUUCUCGGGCAUGUGGUUUCGGGAUCGGGAAUUGCUGUUGAUAAUAAGAAGAUAGAGGCCAUUACCGAAUGGGAGAGACCAAAGAAUGUCAAGGAAAUUCGUAGUUUCCUUGGAUUGGCAGGCUAUUACAGAAAGUUCGUGGAAAAGUUCUCUGUUUUGGCGUCGCCGUUGACGAAGCUCACUCGAAAGGGAGCUAAGUUUAUAUGGGAUGACAAAUGUGAGAAAGGAUUCAUCGAACUGAAGAAGAGAUUGACCGAGGCACCGGUACUUGCAUUACCCAAACAGGGUGUGGGGUACGAUGUCUAUAGUGACGCGAGCAUCCAAGGGUUUGGGUGUGUGUUGAUGCAGGAAGGGAGGGUAAUUGCCUAUGCUUCACGACAGUUGAAGAAGCAUGAGGUAAAUUAUCCUACCCAUGAUCUGGAGCUGGGAGCAGUGGUGUUUGCACUGAAGAUAUGGAGACAUUAUCUCUACGGGGAGACAUGUCACAUAUACACUGAUCACAAGAGCUUGAAGUACGUGUUUACUCAGAAAGAGCUAAACAUGAGACAGAGACGGUGGAUGGAGCUGAUAAAAGACUACCAUCUAGUGAUAGAGUACCACCCAGGCAAGGCAAACGUGGUGGCAGAUGCUUUGAGCCGGAAGAGCUCGUCUGGGGCAUUGCUAGCUAAUUUGAGGGCAUUAAGAGCCCAACUGGAGGUAUCCAGCGAUGGUGCCUUAUUGGCACGAUUUGAGGUGAGACCUACUUUACUUGAUGAGAUCAAGAAGGGUCAGGAAACCGACGAAGAAAUUAUGAAGAUCCGGGAACACAUGCAAGCGGGACCGGUGGAGGACUUCAGAGAAAGAGAUGACGGUCUCUUAUUAUUUCGUGACCGAGUGUGUGUACCGGCAGAUGAGGAGCUCCGAAAGUCCAUCUUAGAGGAGGCUCAUUCAUCGGCUUAUGCCAUGCACCCGGGGGGGCACGAAAAUGUACCGUGACUUGAAAGAAAGUUACUGGUGGUCUGGAAUGAAGAGGGAAAUAGCCGAAUACAUCAGUCGGUGCCUUACUUGUCAACAAGUUAAGGCGGAACAUCAGCACCCAGCAGGCUUAUUGCAGCCACUUUCCAUUCCUGAAUGGAAGUGGGAGCACGUGACUAUGGAUUUCGUGGUAGGUUUACCACGGACAAUCAGGAACUAUGAUGCAGUUUGGGUCGUUGUGGUUAGGCUCACAAAGUGUGCACACUUCUUGCCUAUCAACACUACCUACCCACUUGAGAGGUUAGCCAAAUUGUAUACGGAUGAGAUCGUGAGGCUGCAUAGGGUCCCAGUGACCAUUGUAUCCGAUAGAGACCCACGAUUCACAUCACGUUUCUGGCCGAAAUUUCAGGAGUCUAUGGGAACGAGGUUGAAGUUCAGUACUGCUUUCCACCCACAGACGGAUGGACAGUCUGAAAGAGUCAUACAGAUCUUGGAAGACAUGCUGAGGGCCUGUGCAUUGGAGUUCCAAGGAAGUUGGGACAACCACUUAGCACUUGUGGAGUUUGCCUAUAACAACAGUUAUCAGGCAAACAUCGGCAUGCCUCCAUACGAGGCAUUGUAUGGGAGGAGGUGUCGUACACCGUUAUGCUGGGACGAGGUUGGCAUGGCCAAACUCGAGGGUACUGAGUUGGUUGAGGUCACCAAAUCAAAUGUGAAAUUGAUUCGAGAGAGACUCAAAGCGACUCAGGAUAGGCAAAAGAGUUAUGCAGAUAAGCGUCGAAAAACCUUAGAGUUUAAGGUUGAUGACGAGGUAUUCUUGAAAGUUUCUCCUUGGAAAGGAAUCAUUCGAUUUCAAACCCGAGGAAAGCUUAACCCACGAUAUAUAGGCCCAUUCAGAAUUAUAGAGAGGGUCGGGGCCGUAGCAUAUCGUCUACAGUUGACUCCUGAGUUGGAGAAGAUUCACAAUGUAUUUCACGUGUCCAUGCUUAAGAAGUAUGUGCAUGAUCCUUCUCAUGUGUUGGAGAAGCCACCUGUAGAGGUACGUGAGGAUUUGAACUACGCGGUUCAACCUAUCAAGGUCACCGAUAGAAAGGUGAAGAAACUGAGGAGCAAGGAAGUCCCAAUGGUUAAGGUACUUUGGAAGAGCGAUCGGGUCGAAGAAGAGACGUGGGAAACAGAGGCUUUGAUGAGGAAGCAGUAUGCUUUCCUAUUCGAGUAGAGCUGUGAAUUUCGGGGACGAAAUUCCUGUUAAGGGGGGGUGAACUUGUGACACCGCACCCGAACGUCCUUGAAAAUUUAAAUUUAAAAAUUUGAAUUUUAUGUAUUGAAUUUCUGAUUCCCAAACAAUUGUGAAACGAUUGUUGUUUUACGUAAUUAAUGAUUUAUUAUUAUACUGUUCGAACUCGUGUAUUAGUAUCGGGCCUUAUUAAUAAAUAAAAGAGCCUAGCAUUUUCUAAAUAGUGAUACAUAACGUUUCAAGACAAGUUGAGGAGGGGCGGGCGGCCCAGAUAUUAUUUUGGGCUCAACCCGCUAAAAUAGCAAGUAUUCGAGAAUGGCGUCGUAGGCCCACUCGGGGGUGACCCACACGGCUUGUAGCCCAAUAAUAUGAAUACAAAUGUCUAUGAUACCAUCUUUGACAUUAUUGAGCUAGAUAAUGGGAGUAAGAUUUUCCUUCUAUAAUGUCCAUCAAGUAAAUUAUUGAGAUGAGCCUACACAUAUUGGAGAUCAAUAAUGUGAUGUAGGAAGUUGACUUGUUCUAAAUAAAUUAGGAUGAGUACAAAAAGACAUCUUUGACAAAAGAUAAAUUAAUAGGACCCAUCUUCCCAUUUUUGGGAGUAUUGGUAGAUAUUUUGGACCCCAAAAUAAUUGGGAUCAAUUGGGAACUACUCCACAUGAUUUUAGUACCUGCAAGACAAGAAAAAUAAGUGAGGAGACUUACCUUGGCCGCACAAGCUGGAGGAGGGCUGCAUAAGACUUGAUUGGAAUCAAACUUGAGACCCACCUUGUCAAUUUCCGCACAAAUUAUGGGUGUGGUUUGUCUCCCUCCUCAAGGGGAGUUGUACUCGUCCAAAUGAGCUGUAUAAGGUGUCCUUGGAUAGCUUUUGAAGUCUAUUUUUAUAAUUGAGUGGUCUCUGUUCAAGAGGAGAGGGUAAUCAUCCAAAAAUCGAUCUGGAACGAGCAGUGGUCUGUGAACUCGAGCUGUGAGAGUGCUGAGACUGUUUGGUUGAUAUCUCGAGUUUUACCAAUCCAAUUAAGGCGUGUGAGAUACCAAAAGAAAGCUCUCAAGACGAGGAAUCCGUGAAGGUCUGGUUUGCAUCAAUCGGAGUAGAGGAAGGCUUCCAAAUCGUCCGAGCAGAACGCGACCUCGCAGGGACGGAUUUACUCUUCUAAGAAUCGAGUUAGCCGGAAAACACCCGUUCUAGGGGCUGUUUUCGUAUCAACGAUUAGGGGUUGAAAUAGCAACUUGAGGAGGCUGUUUAGCACCCAUUUCUAAGCAAGGAAUCAAUUCUCAAGCUUCCUUGGCCGAGGCUUUGGUCAUUGGAUCGAGAAGGAAAGUUUUAAAGCUCAUUUGAGGUUGAGGCUAGAGCUUGCUUCCUGUGCUCGUUGCUCGAGAGAUCAUCUAGGAGGGAAGACUUGGUUCGUGCUUCCUCCAUUCGGUUUUUAAACAUUAACAAACAUGCUCAUGAAUAUUUUACUAUAGAGCCUGCGUGCUCAUGUUAGCCACGUGUGGCAUUUGUUUUCAAACUAUGUUUUCCGCUACGUAUUCGAUUGCUUAUUAUGUUGUUUAUGGAUGGCUUGCGUGUGAGUGAUAUUCUAGACGCCUUGUAUAAUAUGAACGUGUUGGACUGCGGUUGACUAUUCAUAUUGUACGGCGGGUUGUCGACGUGUCCGGGGAGGUCCGGGGCGUGACAGUUUAGCUCCUCAUGUGGAGACUAAACAUGAAGAAAAUAUAAAGAAAGAACUUAUCUAGAUUGAGCUUAGAAGUAUAUAGGAAUUGGUACAUAAUUGUGAAGGAAAGGGGGUUUAUGUUAGUACCCAA